AUGUCAUCGACAUUCGGCCCGGACCGGCUCCGAUAUGCGAUCAUCCCGACUGACCGGGUAUUUGAGGAAAAUCAAGUGGCUGCCCGAAUGGAAACCCGACGGGGAGACCAUCUAGCCACCGCGGAACAGGCCCCAAAUCAAGUCCACGUAUGUCCCGUGGCUGCGACUUCACUCGGACAGAUGUCGAGAAGGAAACGCGUGAUUCUGGAACCUGCCCAACGUCCUUGGGAGUCAUCAGUCGCGGAAAUCCUGGUGGGCCGGGGAUUGGUGGGGGGAGGGGAGGGGGGGAGGAGCAUUAUGAGUCCGAUGAUCGGUGUCGAUAGGGAUUCCCCGUCCUUUAAGCCCCAUCUGCCUGCUGCUGCUGCCAGUCAGACGAGCUACGCCACCGACCACCACGAUGCAGCACGCAGCACAGCCGCCUGCGCGGCAAAGAGCCACGCGGCCGAGUUGGACCGCAUCCGGCGUCUUGGAUCUACCGCAGACCACUCGCUUCAAGGCAGCCUGCGGUGUUGCAUGGCAGUCCUGCAGCCGUCACGGUACGACUGA